AGGAGGGAGAGGAGGCGAAGCACUCCCCCAGGCAAGAACAAUUUGAAAACCCACCCCGUGAUAUUUAAGAUCUGGGACAAAGAACAGGCAGGACGGAACUGCUUCCACCGCAAAGCCUCGGCGCGGCCUCGGGAGCGGCGCGGCGGCCCGAGCCCGGAGCAGCCCCUUUAAAAACGCGGAGUACAGUAUUGGGAUUCUUGAAACCCGAAACCUAGAAACAGAAUCGGAGCGGAAACCAGAGGGAAAACCUUGAACUCCUCCAGACAAUCGCUUCCGGGGAGUUUCGAGGGAGCGAGGGGGAAUAAAGGACCCGAGAGGAGGGGCCCUCGGAUGGCGCGUCCCUGAGGGUCGCGGCGAGUUCGCGGAGCGUGGGAAGGAGGGGACCCUGCCUCUCCGCGGGCUGCGGGUCAUGGCCACGGCGGAGCGGAAAGCCCUCUGCGCCGGCGUCCAGUGGCUCUCCCUGGCCGCCCUCGUGCUCGUCUGCGCCGGGCAAGGGGGACGCAGGGAGGAUGGGGGUCCAGCCUGCUACGGGGGAUUUGACCUGUACUUCAUUCUGGACAAAUCAGGAAGUGUGCUGCACCACUGGAAUGAAAUCUAUUACUUUGUGGAACAGUUGGCUCAUAAAUUCAUCAGCCCACAGCUAAGAAUGUCCUUUAUUGUCUUCUCUACUCGAGGAACGACCUUAAUGAAACUGACUGAAGACAGGGAACAGAUCCGUCAAGGCCUAGAAGAACUCCAGAAAGUCCUGCCAGGAGGAGACACUUACAUGCAUGAAGGAUUUGAAAGGGCCAGUGAGCAGAUUUAUUAUGAAAACAGUCAAGGAUACAGGACAGCCAGCGUCAUCAUUGCUUUGACCGAUGGGGAACUCCAUGAAGAUCUCUUUUUCUACUCAGAGAGGGAGGCUAAUAGAUCCCGAGACCUUGGUGCAAUCGUUUACUGUGUUGGUGUGAAAGAUUUCAAUGAAACGCAGCUGGCCCGGAUUGCGGACAGUAAGGAUCACGUGUUUCCUGUGAAUGACGGCUUUCAGGCUCUGCAAGGCAUCAUCCACUCAAUUUUGAAGAAGUCCUGCAUUGAAAUUCUAGCAGCUGAACCAUCCACCAUAUGUGCAGGAGAGUCAUUUCAAGUUGUCGUGAGAGGAAACGGCUUCCGACAUGCCCGCAACGUGGACAGGGUCCUCUGCAGCUUCAAGAUCAAUGACUCCGUCACGCUCAAUGAGAAGCCCUUCGCUGUGGAAGACACUUAUUUGCUGUGCCCGGCACCUAUCUUAAAAGAAGUUGGCAUGAAAGCUGCACUCCAGGUCAGCAUGAACGAUGGCCUCUCUUUCAUCUCCAGUUCUGUCAUCAUCACCACCACACACUGUUCCGACGGCUCCAUCCUGGCAAUCGCCCUGCUGAUCCUUUUCCUGCUGCUGGCCCUGGCUCUCCUCUGGUGGUUCUGGCCCCUCUGCUGCACCGUGAUUAUCAAGGAGGUCCCUCCACCCCCUGCCGAAGAGAGUGAGGAAGAAGAUGAUGAUGGUCUGCCUAAGAAAAAGUGGCCUACGGUAGACGCCUCAUAUUACGGUGGGCGAGGCGUUGGAGGCAUUAAAAGGAUGGAGGUUCGCUGGGGGGAAAAGGGCUCCACAGAAGAAGGCGCUAAACUGGAAAAGGCAAAGAAUGCAAGAGUCAAGAUGCCAGAGCAGGAGUAUGAAUUCCCCGAGCCUCGAAAUCUCAACAACAACAUGCGGCGGCCCUCUUCCCCGCCGAAGUGGUACUCUCCGAUCAAGGGAAAACUCGAUGCUUUGUGGGUCCUACUGAGGAAAGGAUAUGAUCGUGUGUCUGUGAUGCGUCCACAACCAGGAGACACGGGGCGCUGUAUCAACUUCACCAGAGUCAAGAACAACCAGCCGGCCAAGUAUCCCCUCAACAACGCCUACCACACCACCUCACCGCCUCCUGCCCCCAUCUACACCCCCCCACCCCCGGCUCCCCACUGCCCUCCCCCGCCUCCCAGCGCCCCCACCCCUCCCAUCCCAUCCCCACCUUCAACCCUCCCCCCUCCUCCCCAGGCUCCACCUCCCAACAGGGCGCCACCCCCCUCCCGACCUCCUCCAAGGCCUUCUGUCUAGAACCCAAAGUUCCUGCUCUGGGCUCUCAGAAACUUCCGGGGAGGAGGCUCCUCUGUGGUGUUAGAACAAGUCUUUCCAGUUAGAGGAGGUGAGUGGUGAUAAAUCCCACUGAUGUUCACAUGCUUUAAAAAUUGGUUGGCAAUGCCAAUAUACCAACAAUCGUGAUCAGCAGAAAGAAAUAGAAAUUUUAAAUUGCCUGAAAACAAAUGAUGAGGCAACUACAGUCACAUUUAUAGCCAGCCAUCUAUCACCUCUAGAAGGUUCCAGAGACAGUGAAACUGCCAAGAUGCUCUCACCGGGAUUAUGUCUCAUGGAAACCAGUAAGAAAUUCAUUUCUCUGAGAGUGAAAUGCAGAGUUGGAUAAGAAAUAACAUUGCUGGGGUUUUAAUGCUGCCCUCCCACCUCCACCACACCUGCACCCCUGCACCCUGGAUCCUUGGCCUAGGAGCCAAGGAAGUUUCACCCCUGUGCCUAGGAAAGAGGAAAUUUUUGCCUGCAACAUUGGAAAAGCUUGGGAUCCCCAGAGUGGCAAGAAACUCAACAGGUAUCCAAAAGGAUGUUCUCCUGGGAUUUGCAGAUGAAUGAAAACAUCUGCCUUCUUUUCCUUUCAAACUCUUCCAGUUUCCGAAUGGGGAAGGGAGCAGGUGUUUACUGAUGGAAAAGGUAUGUUGCCAUGUUGACGUGUAAGUGAAAUCAGUUGUGUGCAAUUGACAGGAGAGUAUUAAUGGGAGCAUCAGACAGUUUCUAAAACCCACAGGCCAUCAGCAGCUAGAGGUGACCGGCUUUGGCUAGACAUGGUCCCCUAAAUCAACAGACAAUGGCAUUGUCCAAGAGAAACCUGUUAAUGAUUCAUGUUAAAAAUCAAGGUUUGGCUUCGGUUUAAAUCACUUAAGAUAUGAAGAAGUGAUUGAUCCUGUUUUCCAGAGACAGACAUGAGUUGUUCUUCCCAAAAUAGCAUCAUUAGCUCUACCACACAAUAUCACUGAUUUGUUUUCCUUCUUGGUAAAGUUGUACACCAGAGACUUCUAGGUAGAGCUGAGUGAGAGACAGUGGUCCUGGCAUGAUAUGGAAACUAUCCCCAGGUUGUUUGAUUAACCCAAAAAAAGAUAGGUGUGUGUGGAUGCAAAUAUAUUUCUCCUUGGCUUUUCAACAUACAAUAUCAUCAGCUGUUAACCAAGGGGAAAUACACCAGAUGUGCAACACAGAAAUGCUCUGCCUGAAAUUCCCACCAUGCCUGGGACCCAUGGCCUUCCUCCAAGUCUUUCUGAAUCUGUUUAAUCAGUAAGCCCUAUAAUCACUUGCUAAACAGUGGGCUUCAUCACCCAGGGGUAAAAACAGAAGUCUUUGUCAAGGGUCUCCUGCACCAGCCUGUUCAACAUUAUCUCCCCCUCCAGUUUUCCACGUGUCCUAAAAUUCGUGUCCCCAACCCCUCAAAUUCUUAAAUCUUUUCUGAAACGAAACAGAAUAUAAAAUAUAUAUAAACUUGGUGCUUUGGGCUAUGGUAUCCAAAGAUCCCUCAAGAAUGCAUCAAGCCAUCCUCAUUCUUUCACCAUACUUAGUACAGAGACAUAAGGGCCUGGCAUGCAUUUCAUAGACACCAAUUCUUGUGCCUGUGGCAGACAUUGCUAAUCAAUCACAGCACUAUUUCUCAUUAAACGCAAUGAUUUCCUAACAAUCCUUCUCAAAUCACAACUCCAAAGAGCUACUGCACAUCAGUCAGAAUUAAGAGAAAUGAAUCCUACUUGACAUCCCUCCCUUAGAAAGUGAAAACAAAUGCAAGGGUUUCAAGGGGAAAUAGGAAAGUCCAGGGGCAUAAAAGGUACAGUCAGGGGAAAAUGUAUCUGGGCAGAGUGCCUAGUGGGAGGCCAUAGGCGCUGAAUCCGCCAAUCAUGCCAAAUUGACAUGUCUCCAAGCGUACCUCAGACCCUACCCUUCUCCCACAGCUGCCACUUGCAGAGAAUGUCACAGCUUUCUCAGAGAGCUAAAAUCAGAGAUGGUUUUCUGGUCUUAGGAAAGCAACCUCCCUCCCCUCACCCAACCCUGCCGCAUCGCCUGUUUUUAGAACAUAGGCUUCCUUAGUAUAGUCCCUCAUAAGUGGCGGCCAGAAUGUCUCAGCCACCUGCAGUGACAUUGCAGGGCCCCAGAAAAACAUUCCAUAGGAGAAUGGGUUCCCCGGGCUCACAGCGUAGAAAUGUUGAGCCCAUGGCAACUGUUUUGACUGCUGGCAGUUCAAAACGGUCCACCCCACACCACUGCCGCGUGACUCACGUGACUCACGCGGCCAUCAGAAAGCUCAAGCCAAGAUGCUGAUGUUGCUGAGCAACAAGAUGGCGGGCAUCGGGUGAGAAUGCAACAUUCAGGACCUCAACAGCACAUCAAUCAGAUGCCCUGUGCAGUUACAAGAUGUUGAUUUGGUGAAGUGUUUUGAUGAAAUAGGGAACUGCAAAUAUAUGAUGAUUUUGGAAAGAAUUAGCAGGGUUUGUCCUUAAAACUGACUCAGUGUGUCAUCCAUGGUCAUUUAGAAUUACAGUUAAGAAGGAGAAACUUCUAUACACUGUAUGAACAAGGUGAUAUUUUCAUAGUGGGUUAUGACAGGCAGGAAAAUUCUUUAACUGGUUUACAAAAUCCAUCUUUACUUGUGUCAGUCCCUGUAAAAGGCAGGAGACAUAUGAUUGUGAUUAGAAACUGCACAAAAUUAUUUUUUCAACUCCCUUGUUAUUGUCCUUAUGAAGGUUUUUUUAAUUAAAGCCAAAUUUUCGUUGUAUAUAUUCGUAUUCCGUGUGUUAGAUGGAAGCAUUUCCUAUCCAGUGUGAAUAAAAAGAACAGUUGUAGUAAAUUAUUAUAAAGCCAAUGAUAUUUCAUGGCAGGUUAUUCUACCAAGCUGUGCUUGUUGGUUUUUCCCAUGACUGUAUUGCUUUUAUAAAUGUAAAAAUAGUUACUGAAAUGACGAGACCCUUGUUUGCACAGCAUUAAUAAAUAAGAACCAUGGUCCUCUCUGUCAACAACCAGCUCACAAACAUUUUCUUACCUGAAGCUUGGUACAUACUCCAGCGAGACACAAGGUCUCUCUUUUACCAAGGCCAAGAACAGAGCUGUUGCAUAAAUUAAUUAAUAGUCUUGGAUAUCAGGCCAUGGGUAACCUGAUUGUAAAUAUCAUUAGAAUGGGCAGAGAUGAUCUCAAAGAGUCAUAUACAGUAAAGUCCACACACCAUGUCAGGUGGGGGAAAUCCAUCAGAGAACUAGAGAAAAAUAAUAAUUAUGAGAUAAUGAGCAACAGUUUCAGCCCAGUGUCAACUCAAUAAAAAACAAAUUAAUGCUGUGUAAAAUGGGUUGAAUUAGUUUGCUAACUAUAUAAAGAUAUAUGCAGUAAAAAGCCUGUUAAUGCACACCAGGUGGGAAUGGAGUGUUCUAGUCAAUUGCCUUUUCUAGUUAUCUGAGCUCUACUAUAUUAUCAUACUCAGAUAACCAGUUUAAAAGAAUUAGAAUAUGAUUUUUUAAAUACACUUAACAUUAAACUCUUCUCUUUCUUCUUUCUGUGAUAAUUCAGAAGACAGUUAAGGAUGUUCAGUGCCUCUGAGUCAUUGUUAUAAAAAAUCAGUUAUCACUGUACCAUGCUGUAGGAGAGUGGGCUCAACCGCAUGAUGACAAACCCUGGAAGUUGCUUUUUUUAAAAAAAAUAAUAAAUUCCUAAAAUCAA